UUUUGAGCCAAUGGAUUCUCUUGCACGGAUUCCUGAAACCUGCCGUUGUUUAUUGCUCUCUCCCUCUCUUCGCUAACUUCUUUAUAUGUCGUCACAUCCCAUUUUUCCAUCCGCAAUUCGCAUCACUCUCUCUCGUCUCUCCCCUCUCUCUCUCUGUCUCUCUCUGCAGUUUGUUCAUCUCAGAUUUACAUUUGAGGACAUAAGACAUUUGUUAGUCUCAUGGACUCUGCUAUUUCUACGAGAAGGCCAUGUUUUGUCGAGGGAGAUGAUGGGUUGGCCUCUUUGGCAGACAUGGAAGCUGGCUUCUCUGGAACCCAGCACCACAGACAACCUUUCUUGUCUAGGUUGUGUUACAGCGCUCCUAGUAAUGGUAAUACGAGGAGUAGUUUCCGAAGCGCAUCGGUUUUGUCUCCGAGAUCUGGGAGGUUCUAUGAUGCAAGAUUCGAAGAGCACCGGCCCCAUUUCUUGGAAGCCUGUUUUCUCUGCAAGAAACCACUUGGGAAUAACAAAGACAUCUUCAUGUACAGAGGGGACACACCAUUCUGUAGUGAAGACUGCAGACAAGAGCAAAUAGAAUUAGAUGAAGCCAAUGAGAAUAACCAGAAUCUCUCCUCUUCUAUGAAGGCGUUGAGGAAAAAGCAGCAGAGAGAAUCCACCUCCCCAAACGAAACCCAGGACUACCCUUUCCGAUCAAGCACUAUAGCUGCCGCUUAAAUAUAUUUAUGUAUACAUAAAAGAAAUGAAUAGAAAAACUAUGUCUAAAUGCUUUACAGGGAGAAAAAAAAGGGGUUUUUGAGAGACGAAGAAGAAGCAUUUUGAGGAAUUUUGUUUAUGUUGAUACUGUGAAUGUUACUGAGAUGUCUCUUUGUGAGUUGCUAUUUUCCUUUUUUGAUGUAUUUAAAUAUCUAGUAAAGCAAAAGCAUCAGCAUUUUGAAUGAAA